CACUUUUUUACCUAUGCUACUUCGCUUUGCUUGGAUUAAUGGCUGCGAGUGUAGAGCAUCUAAUCUUAAUUACUGCUUAAAAGUAGUAAAUGUAAUCAUUUAUUAUUCAGCGUCCAGAAAACAUUAGUGUAUGUGUUUAGAUUGUGUGUCAUUAUGACUUCAUUUUAUCAUUAUUGCUAGGAGCAGGUUUUGAAAUAAUAAUGCGGAGUUCAAUAUGAAGGAGAUGGUAGGAGGAUGCUGUGUGUGCUCGGACGAGCGAGGUUGGCCGGACAACCCGCUGGUCUACUGCGACGGGAACGGAUGCACAGUUGCAGUUCACCAAGCGUGCUACGGUAUAGUGACAGUGCCAACUGGCCCAUGGUACUGUAGAAAAUGCGAGAGUCCAGAAACCAAAGGGAAAGUGCGAUGUGAGCUGUGCCCCUCUAAAUCUGGUGCUCUCAAACGAGCCGAUACGGGAGGCUGGGCGCAUGUUGUCUGUGCACUUUAUAUACCCGAGGUCCGCUUCGGCAAUGUCACGUCUAUGGAGCCAAUUGUUUUAAGACUGAUUCCGCCCGAGAGAUACAAUAAGAAUUGCUAUAUUUGUCAAGAAUCUGGAAAAACUCAUAGAGCUACUGCUGGUGCAUGUAUGCAGUGUAACAAAUCUGGGUGCAAACAGCAGUUCCACGUGACUUGCGCUCAGAGCCUGGGCCUACUCUGCGAGGAGGCCGGCAACUACUUGGACAACGUCAAAUAUUGUGGCUACUGCCAACAUCAUUACAGUAAACUGAAAAAGGGCGGGAACGUGAAGACCAUCCCUCCGUACAAGCCAGUGUCGCAUGACAGCCCGUCCAGUGACUCCAGCUGUGAGAAGGAGGGCGACGCGUCGCCCAUGGCUAGCGGGAGCGGGACCCCUACACAUGCUGCUAAGCCCAAAGGGCCUGGUCGAAAAUCAGGUGGUGUCUCGGGAAAGAACACUCCUAAUUCAUCGAAGACGCCCACAAACACUCCUCAGCCUACAGACAAGAAGAAGCCAUCGCCGUCGCGCCGUGGAUCUUCAGCGACGGAAGGCGGCUCGGGCAGCAAGGCCAGCACGCCGGCGCCGUCACCGCAGCACCCAGCCUCCGACGCCCCUCCUCCCGCUAACAAACCACCUGGUGGAUCUACUCCCGGCAGCACCCCAAAAGCGAGUUUGCCGGCAUCCUCCCCCAGUUCCAAGUCUAUGGAAGCAGUCGGGGUGAUCAGCUCCGUCGCGUCUGCUACCUCGGUCCCUUUGCCAGCUAUAACAGCAACUCCUCCCAGUUUGUCGUCGAGCACGCCCGCGGGGCAGGCGCCCGCCAAGCCCCUAUACCAGGAGUCCGUGAUCACGAACACGGACACCGCGGACACGAAGCAGACCAAGAAGCGCAAGGCGGUGACCGCGGCCGGCACGCCCACGCCGCUUGACUACGCGCCCACGCCGCCUCCCACUGCGGUGACGGACAUGAACUCACAAAGUUGCAGCAGUAUGUGGGAAGGGCAGCUGUCUAACGACGUGCAAAUGGACAACGCAGAGAAAAUUAUCAAGAAGGCUAAGACGGAAGCCGCGGAGAACUUGGGCGUGUCCCACUUUUCGAGCGUGAGCGCCGCGCCGCCGCCGCCGCCGCCGCCGCCCGCGCACAGUCCCGCUGCGCAGCCGAGCCCCAGACAUUUACCCAGCCCCAUGCCUGGCCCCAGCGGCGCGAACCCGGUGGCGACCCACAUAAGGUCCCCUUCCCAUCCACAGGGCGUGAAAAGCGAGCGCGACGGGCCGGCGUCCCUGCUCGUGUCGGUGCCUUUGCCGUCCACCAGCCACGGACUCAACCUCAGCGCCCAACCACAGGUUUCAGCACCGCCAGAGAUGUCGGCACCUUCGCCUCAUAUAUUCCAUCAACCCCAAAAACAGGCCGCCAUGGAGCCGGGGAUGAGUCACUCUCCUCACGGAGUCCCCGCGCGCAGCAGCUGGGGCGGCCUCAACGUCGCCUACGAGAUGCAGCAGGACCCCACCAAAUCCAGUGUGAGCUGCCUGCCCGGGUCCAGUAAAGACGGCGGGCUGGCGGUGGCGGGCAUGGGCGGCAUGCCGCCCGUCACGGUGCGCAACAAGAAGCGCGCCGCCAUGGCGUCCUCCGUCGUCACCAUGGCCAGCAACCCCACUACAUCCACUAUACAGUCGGCAGCACAAAGCCUGGCCAGCAUCCGCCGGCAGCCGCAGCCCACGCCGCCGCCUAUCUACCAGGAGACCAUAAAGGACUCUCCGCCAAGCUCUCCCAGUUCUGAAAGGCCGCUGAAACCUAAGCUGGAGUCCAAAAUGGGUGGCGGGUACUCGGCGCCGCACAUGUUGGGCAACGAGCUGAACCCGGAGAGCGGCGCGGCGGCGCGGCUGCAGGAGCAGCUGAGCGCCGAGCUGGCGGCGCAUGCGGCGGGCGGCGCCGGCCUCGACCCGCUCGUGCCGCCGCCGCUCAUCAACAAGGCGGCCCCGUUCUUGUUCCAGGGCGCGAGCUCGCGCAGCGGGUCGGGCGCGCAGAGCCUCGACCAGUUGCUGGAGCGGCAGUGGGAGCAAGGCUCGCAGUUCCUCAUGGAGCAGGCGCAACAUUUCGACAUAGCGUCGCUGCUGUCGUGCCUGCACCAGCUGCGCACUGAGAACGUGCGACUGGAGGAACACGUGGGAAGCCUGCUGCAGCGCCGCGACCACCUGCUGGCCGUCAACGCGCGCCUCGCCAUCCCGCUCACCGCUGUGCCUACUGGCCCGCCGGAGCCCCGCGGCUGCGCGCGCGAAAACGGAGGCGCGCGCGCGCCGCCCGCGCCCGUGCGCCCCGCCGAGACCAUCACCUCCGACCGCGGCCACCAGCUGAUGAUGCGUGAAGUGCAGCAGAAGCCUAGCUGAAAGCAGCCUGGUGGCGGCGGCGGCGGCGGCGGCGCGGGCGGCGGGGGAGGCGCGGGAGGCAGCGGCGCGGCGCGCGACCCCGACGCGCUGCGCACCGUGCAGACCUACAUCAUGCUCGAGCAGCGGCGCCGGGCCGACUUCUCCAUCGACGCCAUCCUCAAGUUCGACCACUGAGCCGGCGCCGACGCGACCGUGAGCGGGUCACUUAUUAGUUGCCGGUUACUGCAUCACCCGAGUGCGGACGAGUCGCCGCGCCAUUAUGUUUCUAUCGAACCUGUCUAAGAAUACAUACCCACUCUAUAUAAUAUUUAAUUACUAAUUGACGAUCGUUAGUGCCCAGCUUGUGGUUAUUAAAGCAAUUUUGCGAUAGUGCGAAACGUGAAAAGACACUAAGGGCUCGGACAAUCGGGUAGCUCUCAGAAAAUGUGAAUAACGUUCCGCGACUCCAGAGUCGCUACAGCAUAAUCAAUAUUGUGACGCUGACGCCGGCCGGACCAGUCGUGAACCACUUAUACGUGCUAAUUUGGACUUCAUUGCGGACGAUUAACACGAGGACAAUCGCUCUGCGCUGUUUAAUAAUUCCGUCUUAAUAAAACAAAGGCCAUUGCGUAACAUCAUGCGUCCCUGCAUUAUUACAAUGUAUACUGAAGUUGCGCUUAACAUUUCAUAUAAGAUUAUAUCCAUAGCAUUGUAUAAAUCAAAUAUCUUGAAACUGAUUUAAAUUUAUGUUUAAAACUUUUCUGUAAAUAUUUCGUAAGCGCAGCUACUGUAACACGUUUCAUGUGCAAUACAGUAUUCUUUGUGAUGUCGUUGUUAACGUAAUCUUUGAUUUGCUUAUUAAGAACUGUUGAAACAUUUGUGUGCUCUCAACAAAAUAAUAAUAUUGACCGCUAUUAUCAGCUAUUAUUGUAAUAAAUGGUAAAUGUUUGGUGUUACAAUUGACUGUAUACUCAUUGUUCAGUGUUGUGUUCUUCAAUGUUCUGUAACAUAUCAUAUACAUUCUAAGAUCAUAUUUAAUCAGUGCCAUUGCGCACUCUAACCAAGAAUGAUUGACUGUAGAAGAGUUGUCAAGUCUAAGAAUAAAUUGUGCCCUGAAUUGGUCAGGUGAAGUAUUUCCCUGUACGGAUCCAUGGAUUUUAACAUCAACUAUUUACUAUUACAGUUUCCGCUUAAGUCGGCUACCAAAUACUAAAAAAUCGCGUAUAUACUGAGACGUUUCAAUUCUACUACUACAACUUUAAAUAACUCUUCUAUAACUAAAUUUAAUAAGGUUAAAAGUAAAAAAUUCUCACGCAGAUGGGACAGACGCUGGUUCAUUGACAAUGCCAGGGUCGGAACAUAUAGAAAAAGAAUAUAAAAUUGCUGUGGCAGUUGGCGGCGGUAUAAAUAAUAACCACUGACGGAAAACCUAUCGAAGGAUCAUUACGUCCUUAGUGUGUUCUAUAUUAAGUAUUCGGCAGGUUUUAGUCGCAUAGACACUGGAGAACAAAAUCGCGUGUGGCACCUGGUGGAUCUACUUGAAGCUGAAAUGAUAAUGAAGCCGAAAGACACCUUAAAAAGUAAAAGUUCUAAUAGAUUAUUGUGUGUUGAAUGUGUUGAUAAUGUUUCUUGAAUUUCGAAUAAUCAGCAAUGACAAAGACACGAUAAAAUUCUGUCGCUUGGUGCUAAUGGAAUUCGACUAGCACGUUUAUCACAAUAAAAUAUUAGAAUGAGUAAGUGAACAGUCGUCGAAAGUUUACCAUCGUUGACAUAGUUAAUUUAUAAAACAUUCGUCAUUAUGAUUGCAACGACGCGACAGCUCUUCCAAGUGACACUCAAGUCAGUCAAGUGCUGUUGCUGCUGUUAGUACGGACGUUUUGACAAUCAUGAUACAAGGUUGGUUUUACAUGUAUGUUAAUUUAAUUCUAAGAUAGAUUUUGUUUCGAAGUAGACAAUGCCAGAUUAUUCAAUCAGUGUAGCAUGGAAAGAUGGGCUUUAAAUUUUCAAUUUAUAAUAAAGGGUAUAAUUUGGUAUGAUGCAACUUUCUUAUUAGUUUAAACAUUUGUAUUAAGUGAUGUUUAUUUUGAACAUUAAAUGAUAAACUGGACUUGUUAAUUUAUAAACAUUUAACAUACACCAAUAUUUAAUAUUGCAUUGAUUCAAAUAAUGCUUCUCGCACCGUGCAUUUGAAUUAACUGUUGACAUAAAUAUUAUGUGAUAAUGUUUCUUUUCUAAUGAUUUUGUUAAUUGAAUACCAUUGCACAACCUUCUCUGUGUUGUAGUACUAAUUUUUGUAUUUUAAGUUUCUAGGAGCAAAUAAAUAAUAAAAAAUAUAUUCAAAUUCAUGUAUUGGUUGGAAGGCAUAUCUUUGUUAAUCAUAUCAAUACCUAUUAUAUUUGUAUAUCUUUGCUGUUAACGAGGUUCUUUGGAGCAUGAUAAUUUAUGAAUGGUUUUAUUCAAGAUCCGUAAAGAAAAUCCAAAUGGCUUGUAUAAAUGGCCGGUUGCACCUAACCGUCGGCACCUAAUCGUAACUAAGUUCGUUUAGUUGUGUGGGAAGCUGCAUAAUUCUAGUAAAUCAGUCCCUCGAUUGUUUGGUGCAACAGGAUCUAAGAUUCCUAGGAAAAAGUGUAUGUGAUUCUGAUUUAGCAUGUCUUCGCGGCAAAUAAUAAAAGGCCUCUAUGCAGAGUGAAGUUUGGGUCGCAAUCUGAAUGUUUUUUUAGUUACAAUUUCAAAUGAACAUUUAUCUUAUAGUUUAACCCUUUACCAGGCUGACAAUUCAAAAAUGACAAUGGAAUGUCAGUCUUACUCAUCGAAAAUAGAACACAUAUUUGAAGUGCUUCAUGUGGGAAAUAUAUAUCCCUUAGCCUGGUAAAGGGUUAAACUAUACCUACAUAUGAGUAUUUGUUAUUUUCUGAUUAGUAUUAGUAAAAUAAUUGCGUAAAUAAUUAUUUAUUUAUUACUCCAAGUAAUAAAAACCUAAGUUGGCAGUAAUAAGAGAUUACAUAAGCAUAGUACUUAUUGUGCUACCAUAACUUUAAAUUAAAUAAGAGGGAGAAUCAACUUUUUAGCGUCACUCGUUGCUAUGGUUACGAUUAGUUGUCCAGGGGACAAAAGUUCAUUGAAAUACUGAUUUUAUGGUACUUAAAUGUAUUAAACUUGCGUUUUUGUGGUCGUUAUAACCAAUGUCCAUAAUGGGCCCCCUACUUAGCAUGUUAAUAGAACGGCAUACAACGUCUCUUCAAACAAACUGUGCCACUGUUGUCCCUUGGACAACGGGACAGGAUAACAAAACAAAAAAAGUUGAUUCACCCAAGAAAUAAAUACGGCCACUGCGUACUUAACGUUCAAUGUGUUCGAAUCGCAUGCAUUAUUGAUAAUUUUAAUCGUAAUUUCCUCGAUGUAUGCAAGCAAAUACUUUAUACAUACGUAGUCAUUCCAUACGUUCUGUCAUAAAGGUUUUUUUUUGGCUGAUAAAAUGUAAUACAAAGGUUUUAAUAAAAUAAUGUAGCCAUGAUGUGAAAGCUUGUUUAUUACUUUUCAAAACAUAAUAUAUAUCAUUUAAAAUUCUUGGUUACAUUGGGAUUCUGAUUGUCUUCAGACGCGAAUACGCGGCUGGAUUGUGAAAAAUGAUCCUUCACCAAAGAAAGUAUAAAUUAGUGGCACAUUAAUGAAAUAAUUACAACUGCUUAUUUGUAUGAAUCUAUUUUAUUAGAACAUUAUUUUUUCACACCAUUUAAUUCUCCGACAAGUCUACUUCAGCGGAAAUAUUAAAAUAAAAGCUAAAACCUUUUUAACAGAUCUUAUGGGCCGAUUAAGUAGUUUUCAGCCUCGACUUCACUCUCGUCCUGCAUAAUUACGACAUAGCACAUUGACAUUGAGUAUUUUCAAAAGCAUUAUAUCAGAAUAAAAAUGUACAAUUAUUGUAACUCGUCAAACUCGUGUAAUAAUUGAGUCUUUAUUUUGUAAGAUUCGACCGUCACUCACUUGUAUGUUCACUCUAGCUAGACGAAUGCUUUCGUCGAGAAUAUUUCAUGCUAGAAUUUUAAAAUGACGGUCAGAAAUUGCUUUUACAGUACAUAUGGGGCUACUUUAUAGCACUAGUGCGAGAAGUAGCAUAUUACGUUACUGUGUCGAACAUUUAAAGGGCCAUAUGUACUGUAAAACGUUGUACGAUACAUGUGCGAAUAGGUAAUUCGCAACUCGUGUCGAUUUAAAACACUCCCUUCGGUCGUGUUUUAAUUUAUCGCCACUCAUUUCGAAUUUCCUAUUUUUCGCACUUGUAUCGUAAUGUGCUUUUACAAUGUUCAUGCUCUGCAAGUGAUUCAAGGUUGGUCUAGCGUUAAAGGUGUUAUUGUUCCUCACUUAUGCCGAUGUAGGCAUGAAUGGUUUACUAGGAUAUCGCGUGUACUGCUGUUAUUCGUAUACUCAAUGAGAAUUUGAAAUAGCGGUGUAUUGUCAAAGAAAUCUUUGUAGGGACGUAAAUUGACUGCCAUCUUUCGACACGUAAUUAUACUUUUAGAACGCCAUUUGACUUAGUUCCUUACUAUUUCACUGAAAUGUGUUCAAUUUGUUAAAUAUCAAAAAGCGGCCAAGUGCGAGUCGGACUCGCCCAAGAAGGGUUCCUUUAUGACGUAUUAAAAAAAACUACUUAAACUACUAGAUCUCGUUCAACAUUUUACCACUUUGGACACACAUUUUACCACUUUGGUAGUGUCUCUCGCGCAAACUAUUCACUUUAGAAAAAAAUUAUAUUAGGAACCUAAAUAUCAUUUUUGAAGACCUAUCUAUAGAUACCCCACACGUAUGGGUUUGACGAAAAAAAAAUUUUUUUUAAUUUUAUGACGUAUUAAAAAAACCACUCACUAGAUCUCGUUCAAACCAAUUUUCGUUAGAAGUUUGCAUCGUAAUGUAUAUCAUAUAUUUUUUUUAGAUUUUUCAUUCUGUUAUUUUAGAAGUUACAGGGGGGGGACACACUUUUUUUCACUUUGGGAGGUUCUCUCGCGCAAACUAUUCAGUUUAGAAAAAAAUGAUAUUAGAAACCUUAAUAUCAUUUUUGAAGACCUAUCCAUAGAUACCCCACAUGUAUGCGUAUGUUGAAAAAAAAUUUUUUUUUUUAAUUUCAUGACGUAUUAAAAAAAAACUACUUACUAGAUCUCGUUGAAACCAAUUUUCGGUGGAAGUUUACAUGGCAAUGUAUAUCAUACAUUUUUUUUUAGAUUUUUCAUUCUGUUAUUUUAGAAGUUACGGGGGGGGGGGGGACACACACACAUUUUACCACUUUGGAAGUGUCUCUCGCGCAAACUAUUCAUUUUAGAAAAAAAUAAUAUUAGAAACCUCAAUAUCAUUUUUGAAGACCUAUCCAUAGAUACCCCACACGUAUGGGUUUGAUGAAAAAAGAUUUUUUUGAGUUUCAGUUCUAAGUAUGGGGAACCCCCAAAAUUUAUUGUUUUUUUUUCUAUUUUUGUGUGAAAAUCUUAAUGCGGUUCAUAGAAUACAUCCACUUACUAAGUUUGAACUUACAGCUCUUAUAGUUUCGGAAAAAAGUGGCUGUGACAGAAUCGGACAGACAGACGGACAUGACGAAUCUAUAAGGGUUCCGUUUUUUGCCAUUUGGCUACGGAACCCUAAAAAGUGGCGCCUUCUUACCGAGCACUACCUAAAGGCUAUGGCGCCAUCGCUCGAAACGAUGCUGCUAUACCUUUGGCCUUUGAUCUAUUAGAUGGCGCCACUUUUUGAUAUGUAACUCAUAUCAGUAAAAGAAUAAGGAUCAAAAUCAAAUGGAGUUCUAAAAGUUUUUAUUAUGUGUCGAAAGAUGAGAUUUUCUUUGACAAUACACCUCUAUUUCAAAUUAUCUUUGGUAUACUUCAUUGAAUAUGUACAGCCAGCGUCAAAUAUAUAGUUAACUCCAAGGUGGCUAAACACAUCCUUAUUUCUGCAGUAAGGAAGGUAGGUUACUUGGCCGUCACUAUUUAUUCGAUGCUGACUGUAUAUUAGUGCUACCGCUACAAAGCCACAAAUACGAGCACACAAUAUAUUUACGUUGAUGAAUGACUUUUAGGCUGAUUUUCUCUCACUGACACCACCUAAGUUCUGUUCUGAUGAACAGACCUCAACCUAUAUUAUAUGCUAUUUUUUGGUCUACAAGUUCUCUCCGCUACUUAUCUUAAUAAUGAUGGGAAAGCUUUUACCAAAGGGUCGAAAGCGGCCCGCUGGGCACAUGUGGUAUGAGUUGGCUGAAUUGUUUGUAAUUUAGUUAAUAAUUCGUUAUAAUAUUCCCAGUGGCAUUGUGCAACACCGAGGUGACCUUCCUAAUCAUGAUCUCAGUCUGCGUCAGAGUAACACUAGUGUAAGCAUAACUUCGUUCCAUUGUGAUUGAUUUGUUAAUUAGAUUCUAAUUUAAUUAAUGGUUAAUGUCCUUUAAAUAAAUAAAUAAUUAUCCUAAUCGGAAAUUGGUCUAUCAUGAUAGUGAUGUAUGGGAAAUAAUCCUAGUUCUGGAGAAUAUUUGUAUUAUAAUUAAUGAUUUGAUGCAUUUGACAAUGAAAUAAACAGCCAAUUACCAAACGUACUAAAUAUUGAAGUAAAUAAAUUCAAUUAGAAAAUA